ACAUCGCGUAUCCUUCUGUUGUCUGUGAUUGACGUUAGUGGAUUUGUCAAGAGCUGUAACCUACAAUUUGAAAGGUAGUGCCUUGAAAAACAAAUUCUGAGCAAUAAUACAGUAUUGUGAGAAGGUCGUAAGGUCCGUUUGUUGUCGAGAUGGCAGAUGAAGUGGAUAUACAGAGGUUGCCGGUGAAUGCAAAUGAAAAUCAUUUCGAUAAUUGGACAAUAAAGUUUACAAAAUCCCAUAUCUUGCAUUCGCAAUGCUCUACCGCUGAUAAAUGCGCGGCUCGGGCGGAAAUGUGCAAUUUCUGCAUCUACGCGAAUUCGUUGGAGCUGCCCCAUUUGCCCGAAAUGGUGUUUCCUGAUAAUAUACUUAGCUUGAAGCAUACAAAUGGUGGGCAGAUCGAAUUCAAUGCAUUGGACGCUCUGAAGAAGGUUUCCAAUGGGAAGUUGCCAUUGAAGGUGGCCUGUUCUGAUGCCUGGAAGGAAUCAAGACCUGCAAUACUUCUUGAGGAGAAGAUAAAACCUUUUGAUUGGACUUUCUCCACAGAUUACAAGGGCACGUUGUCCGGAAAUUACAGGAUCGAGACAACUGAGGAGAGGAUAAACAUUGAGAGGUUGAAGGAAAAAGAGAAGAUCUUAUACUAUGAAGAGUUGAUGUUGUAUGAGGAUGAGCUGCACGACAACGGAAUUGCUUCGUGCGUUGUUAAAAUAAGGGUGAUGCCAUCGUCGUUCUUUGUUUUGCUGCGCUUCUUUUUGCGCGUUGAUAACGUCAUGGUGCGUGUCAAUGAUACCAGAGUGUAUCACGACUUCACUACUAACUAUAUUCUAAGAGAGUACACCAAUAAAGAGAGUGGAGUUAAAGAACUGCAUCUUCCGUUGCCAAUGUUCGGUGAUCCGAACGUCCUCUCGCAAUUUAUGCCUCUGAGAGAGGGUCUCUACGAGAAGAUAUACUUCGAUAAUGCCAGUCCUUCGUCUUCUGCCCAGAAUGCAAAUAGUACGAAAUAAAGCCAAGUUUAAUAUAUUUUAUCAUAAAUACUUUCAUUUCUAUAUUGUAUAAUCAAUAUUUUUUAAAUAUUCACUUCAUUUCAAAAAAAUCUUCAUUGCGUGUAAAUCUAUAUGUAAUAUGGUCUUGUAUAAAAAAAAUAUAACUGAAUUUCAAUUUAAAAAUAUCAGUCAUUGAGACACCAUAGCUUUUCUUGGUAAAAGGCGGUUAAUGGUUUAAAGUUAUAAUAGCGUAGAGGAAAUAAAUGU